CAUGGGCCGACUCCUCACAAAGCCGGCCUCGAUCCGGAGCUCAUGCUGUGGUCACGGCAUACCUCCCUCUGGCGCCCGCUGGCCCCUCUAUCAGGCCGUCGGUGUGCGACAACGGAUUGGAACGCGACUAUCUCGAUGGCUGUCGAAUGCACCGCGCGCUGCGACGCGACUAUCAAGCGCGAGGCGGCGUGUAGAGAACUGCGACGCAGCUAUCGGUUGGAGAUAGCAGCCUGGCAGCGGCGGGGACAGAUGCUGGGACGCAUCACGAUAGUAGAGCAGUCGGCAGCAGAUGAGGUUACAUCCACGGCGGACUGGGCGCAGGCCAACCGUUGCAGCUGGCGGGAAGCCGACCGGGGGCCCGCUGCACGCCUCACCCUUUCUCCAGCCUUUCACUGCCGCAUGCACGCAAGCGGCGCCCAGCGGGCCACUCACGGGACGGCGUGGCGGCGUGGCGGGGCGACGAUAAGCAGCCCCGGACAGGCCCAGCGCGGCGCUGCGUCGCUGUCCCUGGGUCGUUCGGCAGAGUCGUGGAGCUUGGGGUGCAGAUGGCAGCCAAAGGAUCCCGCUGAGGAGGGCGCCGAGCAUGGAUCGGAGGCGUCCCACGGUGUCGCGUGCAGCAAACGGGUGUGCUGCGAAAGGAGGAGGUCGAAAGUCGCUCGACGUGAGCCGGACCCUGGGCCGCAGCUGCUAUAA